AUGGUGUUGCAAGCGAUCCUAUACGAACCCGCAUCGACAUCCUCCCCUCCCUCCCUUCGCAUCCUCGAUCAACUUCUCUUGCCGCAUAGAACGACUUACGAACAAGUCUCGACCUGCGAGGAGGCCCAUGCUGCCAUCAAGCAAAUGAAGGUGCGGGGUGCGCCAGCCAUCGCUAUUGUGGCUGCGCUGGCCCUCGCUGUUGAGAUUGGGGCGAUGGUCGUGGCGAAGAAACUGUCCGAUGCCGCCGAAGUUGUCAAGGAGAGGUUGAACCAGCGCUUAGAGUACUUGAAGACAAGUAGACCGACAGCCGUCAACCUGGGAGAUGCAGUAGGGAAAUUGAAGAUUGUUGCCAAAACAGCUGCUUUACAACCAGAAGCCACAUCUGAUUCUGUAGCGCAAGCUUACAUCGCGGCUGCCGAGCGCAUGCUGAUUGACGAUGUGUCUGACAACAAGGCGAUAGGCGAGCACGGUGCUAGGUGGAUAGAACAAAACACAACAGUAGGGCGAAGAAGGAAGCAGGACAAGGGUCAAGAGCUAAAGGUUUUAACACACUGCAACACAGGGUCUUUGGCAACCGCUGGAUAUGGUACCGCUCUCGGCGUGAUAAGAUCUUUAAGAGCAGCUGAUAUGCUGAGUCGGGCUUAUUGCACGGAAACCCGGCCAUAUAAUCAGGGUUCUCGAUUGACUGCGUAUGAACUUGUCCACGACCACAUACCGGCAACUCUGAUUACAGAUUCAAUGGCUUGCGCCUUGUUGGCGAAAGAGGGAGAUUGUCUCGCUGCCAUUGUUGUCGGUGCUGACCGAGUUGCAGCCAAUGGCGACACUGCGAAUAAGAUUGGAACGCAUUCCCUCGCAGUACUUGCCCGUCACCAUGGUGUCAAGUUCCUCGUCGCUGCUCCAAGAACUACCAUUGAUCUCGGUACGGCGUCUGGUCAGGACAUCACUAUAGAAGAAAGAGCGCCCGAAGAAGUGACCAGGAUCAAAGGACCGAAGAUUAACCCAGAUGGAAGGAUACUGGUCGAUGAGGAUGCAGAAGUCAUCAGUACGGCUGCCGACGGCAUUGAUGUCUGGAAUCCGGCUUUCGAUGUCACACCGGCAGACCUCAUCGACGGAGUCAUCACCGAGGUCGGUGUGGUGGUCAAGGUGGAGGGCCGUUUCGAAUUUGGUUCCCUAUUCCAGAAAUCGUGA